CUAGCAUCAAAAAGUCUAAUUGCUCACCACAAAACCCUGCCUCUAAAGAGUGUAACCUGAGCAGUGACCGAGGCGUUGGCCAUAGAGUGGCACUAAAGGGGGUUGAUACCACUUGGCAUGAUGCUGGACGGCAGCCCUUAUUCAUUGUCAAAGGGGUUGCUAUUCACAAUGGAGAAAACGAUGAAAUGCUGCCAUUAUAAUGGGGACCAAAGGGCCCUGUGGCAGCCUGACACCCGAUCUCCUCGUUGGCUCUGGCUUCCUUUUGUCCCAGUAUUUCAUAUCUGACAUAACCACACACCCUAAACAGGCACUUGAUGUUGGAGCAGCGAUGGAGCCGAAGCUUGGCGUUUGCGUGCUCAGACAUGGGGAAUAAGCAGACCAUCUUUACAGCACAGCAGCUUGAUGCCUAUCAGGACUGUACCUAUUUCACAAGAAAAGAAAUUCUCAGACUGUUCUACCGCUAUCGGGAUUUGGCACCGCAGCUCGUUCCUCUUGACUACACCAACCACCCAGAUGUGAAGUUACCAUAUGAGCUGAUUGGCAGCAUGCCAGAGCUGAAGGACAACCCAUUUCGACAGAGGAUCGCUGAGGUUUUCUCUGAGGACGGAGAAGGGAACAUGACACUGGACGACUUCUUGGACAUGUUUUCAGUCAUGAGUGAGAUGGCUCCUCGUGACCUCAAAGCUUACUACGCUUUCAAAAUUUAUGAUUUCAACAAUGAUGACUUCAUCUGCAAAUCAGACCUGGAGAAGACGCUGAACAAACUGACCCGGAAUGAGCUGACAGAAGACGAGGUGAGGAUGGUGUGUGAGAAGGUGAUAGACGAGGCUGACCUGGACAACGAUGGACGUCUGUCACUGGAGGACUUCCAGCACAUGAUUGUUCGAGCUCCAGACUUCCUCAGCACCUUCCAUAUAAGGAUAUAAAGAAAUGAAGCAAUCGUGUACAUUUCUUAAUUUGAACAGCACCUAAGGAUGGACUUACAACAAAACAGAAGGCCUGGAAAGAAAAUGGAGGAAUCCAGAAGUCUCAACCAAAAACCACAAAUCAUUAAUCAUACUCACCACAGAACAUCCUGAACUUCAUCAGAGAUUACCAGACUUUGACAUUUAGCCUCGAGAGUAAACACUAUGACUAAGUAAGAAUUAUCUUGUCUUUCAUGGGAACACUACUACCAACAGGUAGGAUAUGUUUCACUUGUACCAACACACAGAGACACGCAUUUUGCUUUUAUUAUCGCAAAUGGCAGACUGCGGGUCUAUCAUCAGGUGGUGGCACCAAAUAAUCCAUCAACACAAGGUUCAUUAGUUAUGACUACCAACAGUACAUUUGUGUUCAGUAUCUAAGGGGAUUCGGUUACAACAAGACUAUAAAAGAAACCAGAAUGUUCCAGUGAACCACAGCAGGCCAAUAAAAGGAGAGCCAUUUGUCAUGAAAGCUGUCAAGCUCCAUUGUGGGAACUCUGGGUCAACUGACAGUGUAAUUUCCUCUGACCGCCAGGCAAUAAAGACAGUUUUAUAAGCUUAUUUUAUUAAACCAAAAGUACACAUAUCUACAAAUUGUAGAUACAUUUUCAUAUGGAUUUACAAAGUACAGUACAAUUUAAGUAGAUGUCUUUUUUUCAGCGUGAUAUUUACAAUGUUUUUUUUUUCUCCAAAAUGUUAUUGUCCUCCCUGUGUACUUCACAACUGACGGAAUGAAAAUAUGGCUGUAAAAAGGGAUGUACAGCAUAUUACGACAUGUGACAGGAGUCUUAAGUGAAGGAUAUGAUUUAAAACCAAAGAGGGAGUAUCGUUUGAAGCUGAAAACGAUACACGAACAUCGGCUCCCUAGUUUCUGGUUAUGACUUAAAGCUACAGUGUCACUGGAAUGAGACAACAGCACUACGUCUGCAUUGCAACGCCCACACUCCUCCUACUUCAUUUGCCAUCGAGCUAGAUUUUGCUCACUUUGAUGCUGCGACGCUAUUUCUACAAUAAGAGCAUGUCCCGUAUUUGGCUCAGUGAAUGACACACAAACAAAAGAAAAAAAAAACAAAAAGCCCAUACAUUCAACUGUACAGGUCUACAAGUAUGUCUGAAAAUUACAUUACACACAUAUGCACAGGUCCAAGAUUCACAAUGCAUAGCUCACCUAUGACAGAAGUGAGUAUUAGUGGUUAAGACAAAUGGCCAUGGUUGUCAUGAGGUCCCAAAUUAUUUGAUAUUUAACAAAAAAAAAGGUGCAGGCAAGCAAAAGCAGAUCCUCCUUCAAUAUUGUGCAUAUAGGAGUUUGAUGUUCAAACUAAUAUCAAAUGUGGGAAGGAAACACUGAGGAACAACUGAAAUGUACUGAGACUCAACAUUAAUGUUAAGUAGUCAGUACAUGUUUGGAUCUCACACGUCUAAUUCACUGUGGCUCAAGUUCUUCAUAAAAUACUGGUUAAAAUUUGAGCUCAGCUGGUCACUUAUUAUGCAUACUGUGCCUGUGGUGCCACCUAGCUGUCAAACUAAGGGACCACAAUCAAACAUGAACAAGAGUACAAUACUAGUAGGGUCAGGUCAGCGUUCAAGGUCAAGGUCAUAUUCGUGUUAUUCGUGUAAUCAGUCCAGAAAACUCUGUUUUUUUUUAAACCAGGACAGCAGUGAUCAAGUAAUUUAUAAGGAGGUAUAGUAAAAUUGAGGGAUUAUGCCCAUCAUACUACCAAGACUCAAUAGAUCAAAACUUUUAAACUAAGUAAUUGCAUUGCAAAACUAUCACUUGGCACAGACUACACACAGAAUACGAGUUUACUGGUAAAGUGCAAGGAGAGCUGCAUGGAGGAGGACGAUUUACAGUGCGAAACUUCAAGAGUUAUUUUAACUGCUGAUCAAAUAACUGGAGACGUCAUUUAGCUUCACUGUGCAUCAGAGCUGCUAAAAAAAAACCUUCAAGUCCACUCAGAAGGCAACACUAUAGUAAAAAGAAUGAUUAAACUUCACUGUGGAGAAUUAAUUAAAACUGUACAGUGUACACAUCUUGAUAUUUUCUUAACUGGUGUACUGGGAAACAAUGCAGUUUUUGCACAUAUUCAUUCAUACCACAAUUCGCCCAUUUUGCAGGAACAAUACUUUCUUUCAUAUUACUACACCAGGGAAAGCUUAAGCUGAAACACGUCAGCUCUGCAACAUCCUGCUGACAAUCUGACAGGAGAACUUUAUCUUCAGAGGCAGAAAUAGGGGUUGUAUUUUUAGGGGUUUUUUUUCGUUGCCAAACUGCCUACCAGCACCUGAAAGCUUUUGCAAAAGUUUAAAAAAAAAAAAAGAGUUGGAGGCAGUGUGUAAUGAUCAGGGCAAGAUGAAACGUGCGUUUUAGUCACACCAAAUGAUUGUCAAGAACUACAUGCAAAACAAAGAGCUGAACUCAAACUGAAAAUAUUUCAAUCCAACUCUUCUCUGAUCCCUGACUGCCUCAUGGAUGAUAUGACUCUCAAUGCAAACAUGUGCAACUCUGUUUGACUACAGUUCAAGCUGCUCAGUCUCUGGUUGACAUUUUGUAACAUAAAAAGGGAAGGAGCGCUAAUAAUAAAAAUAAAUCUAAAUAUUACAUUUGUACUUUCAAUCCCAAACCUUGACAUUAACGAAACGAUUUCUCACCCUCGGUUUUGCUACCAGCUGUGUGAAAUAUAAGUGCGUAUUAGAAAGAGACUAACAUCAGAAG